UCGAAGUCAGUCAGCGGAACACCGGUUCCGGGUUCUGAAGUCCUCCCCAGACCCGCGGAGACCCAGUUGCUCCUCAGACCCUGAGGGUCUGGACCAUGGGGUCCCCAGUCCUUCUCCUGCUCCUGUCGGGGGCGCUGGCCGUGACCGAGACCUGGGCGGGCUCCCACUCCCUGAGGUAUUUCGACACCGCGGUGUCCCGGCCCGGCCGCGGGGAGCCCCGCUUCAUCUCCGUGGGCUACGUGGACGACACGCAGUUCGUGCGGUUCGACAGCGACUCUCCCAGUCGGAGGAUGGAGCCGCGGGCGCCAUGGAUGGAGCAGGAGAGGCCGGAGUAUUGGGACCGGCAGACCCGGAACCUCAAGGACACCGCACUGACUUUCCGAGUGAACCUGAACACCCUGCGGGGCUACUACAACCAGAGCGAGGCGGGGUCUCACACCAUCCAGCGCAUGUACGGCUGUGACGUGGGGCCCGACGGGCGCCUCCUCCGCGGGUACAGUCAGUUAGCCUACGACGGCGCGGAUUACCUCGCCCUGAACGAGGACCUGCGCUCCUGGACCGUGGCGGACGCGGCGGCGCAGAUCUCCUGGCGCAAGUGGGAGGUGGCCGGUGAGGCAGAGCAUGAGAGGAACUACCUGGAGGGAGACUGCGUGGAGUGGCUCCGCAGGUACCUGGAGAACGGGAAGGAGACGCUGCUGCGCGCAGGACAGUGGAGGAAUCCAGUCUCUCCUAGGAGACAGGUGGAGACCAUCCCUGCAAUAACCCAUCAGCGGUUCCCUUUGACCCUGGCAGCCACCCUGGAAACCAUGACAGAACCUCUCAAGGCCUUUUUCUCCAAUACAAACAUCUUUGGAGAACCCCCCAAUACACGCGUGACCCACCACCCCAUCUCUCACCGUGAUGUCACCCUGAGGUGCUGGGCCUUGGACUUCUACCCUGCGGAGAUCACCCUGACCUGGCAGCGAGAUGGAGAGGACCUGACCCAGGACACAGAGCUUGUAGAGACCAGGCCUGCAGGAGAUGGAACCUUCCAGAAGUGGGUGGCUGUGGUGGUGCCUUCUGGACAGGAGCAGAGAUACACAUGCCACGUGCAGCAUGAGGGACUGCCCAAGCCUGUCACCUUGAGAUGGGAGCCAUCUACCAACCUCAUCACGUGGAUCAUUGCUGGUCUGGGUCUCCUGGCUCUCCUGGUGGUCAUUGCAGUGCUUGGAUUUGUGAUCUGGAGGAAGUGCUCAGGAGAGAAAAAACCAGGCUACUCUCAUGCUGCACGCGAUGAUAGUGCCCAGGGCUCUGAUGUGUCUCUCACGGCUGUUAAAGUGUGAGACCAGUUGCCUUGUGGGAGCUAAGAGAUGGAAGAUUUCUUCACACCCCCACUUGGUGACAUCAGCAACCCCUGACUUCUGUUUGUGCAGAAUAUGUCAGAAUGUGUCUGAGUUCCUUUGAGCAUAUAUGAGGACAUGAGGAGAUUUGCCCACCAGACCCCUCCCUAUUCUGAUUUUAUUCUCCUUUCUGAUGUGCUUUCCUGUUCCAAAAGAGGCAGGGCUGGACCAUCUCCAUCUCUGUCUUUAUUUCAUGCUGGGCUGAGUACAAAUGACUUAUUUCUGUAUUGAAAAUAAGAAUCCAGACAUGAGUUGUGUUUCCUAAUUCUUCCAUAUGGGAUUGAUUAGGUAAUAAAAGAGGAGAUUUGUAAAAUUGAGACAGCAAAUAAAUGGAAGCGCUGAGAACCUUCUAGAA